GAGGUAGGAUGUGAACCAUCUGUGGACAGCACCAGAGAGGCCGAUCUGUUUUAAACGAUUUAAAAGAAUAGUGUGGUCUACUGUAUCGAAGGCUGCACUUAGAUCCAGUAGAACCAACACUGUCACCUUCCGUUUAUCAUAAUUCAAUCUAAAAUCAUUCAAAAUGUUCAAAACAGCCUUCUCUGUGCUGUGGUUCACCCUAAAACCAGACUGAAAUUUCUCUAGGACAUUAUGAGUGUUUAUAAAAUCAUUUAGUUGAUUUAAAACCAAAUUUCUAAAAUUUUGACUACAAAUGGUAAGUUAGAUACUGGUGAAUAAUUGUUCAAUUCAUUAAAAUCUAUAUUGCUCUUCUUCACAGGGGCCUCACCACCGCCCCUUUAAAGGCAGCAGGAAAGACCCCUGACUGAAGGUGGCAAUUCAUCAUGGUUAGAAUCUCAUCUCUAAAAGUUUAAAAAACAAAGUUGGAAUCUGGUCCAGAACACAUGUGGUGGGUCUCACUGAGGAGAAAACUUCAUCAAGAGUCUCAGCUUCUACCAGGACAAACCUGUCCAGUGUUUCCUCUGGUAUAGACACACAUUCAGAUUUAUCUAAAACCUUAUUACUUAUGGAGGAUAAAGUAUUCUUUCUGAUGGUGUCUACCUUCCCUCUGAAGUGGGCUGCAAACUCCUCACAGAGAGCAUCUGAGGGGGGUUUUUCUGAAGUGAAUUGGACGUACGGUUUAAAAUGUGGUUUAUGGUGGAAAAAAGUAUUCUGGGAUUGUGUUUAUUGUCUACAAUGAGUUUGGAAAUGCAUUUCUUGAAUUUCUUACUGCGUUAUUAUAUGAUUUAAGUAGCUCUGUAUAUAUUUGAUGAUUUAUAGUUAUUUUAUACUUUCUCCGCUCUGCGAUCCUGCAGUUUUUCUUUAGUUUCUUUAGAUUUUCAUUUCUCUACAGUGAAGCACAUUUUGAAUUGUAGAUUUUUGUGACUUUAAGUGGAGCGAGCAGGUCGAGAGCGGAUUUCAGUAAAAUCACAUGAGGCAGUUAUCGGAGUGGGAGGGGUCUUUCUAAAAACUUCAGGAAAACCAGCAGCCACUUCAGGGGUGAGAUGAUGCAUCCUUACCAAAAGUGGUGAUGCUAAAACACACACAGUACUGGUCAGAGACAGCCAAGUCAACAACAGAGGACACCCUGGUGGACAGGCCAUGGGUGAUGACCAAGUCCAGGGUGUGUCCUCUGUUGUGAGUUGGCUGCAUGACAUGUUGACUAAAAUCCGUGUAAUUCAGAAUAUUUAAAAACUCCUUUGAAAAAGGGUCGGAAAGAUUAUCUAUAUGUAGAUUAAAAUCACCGCCAAAUUGAUCCUUUCAAAGGAGUUGUGCAGGAUUGAUAAAUUCUAGUGUAAAACUGGGAUUUUCAAAGAAAACCUGGAUAUUGGGAUUAGCUCGCUACGUGGAAUACCCCCCAGCAUGUCAAAGGCGAAAUAAAUAAUAAUAAUAAAAAAAAAAAAACUGGCUGCUUGGCUUUUAUUUUGAAGGUGCCGACCGGAACAGCAGUGAUUUUAAUGGUGAAGCUGAAUUCCCGGUGGGUGUCGAGCUUAAUGCUGGAGCACCAGUGUGUCUCUACGGCUCAGAGGAGUUGCAGCUGGCGCUUCAGGAAACCUGGAUUCAUCUGCGUCAGAUGAAUCCGAUCCAUUCGGUCUAACCGGGCGAACCGGAAGCUGUGUGUGUGCAGGUGUGUGUGUGUGUAUGUGUGUGUGUGGGGACCACGCUGCACGUGAAAAUGCGCUGAGCUACAGGCACUCAUCUGAGAAUCGGUGACUGGAGCAGCAGCCUAAGCAGAGGCUAGCUCCUCCUGGGGAAUCUUAUGCUGUUUCCAGGCCAGCCAUGAAAAAGAACUCUCUGGAGGCAGGCGUUGCAGAACCUUCUCCCCUGAUGGCAGUGAUGGCAAACUCAACAUGGCCGUACCCUGUCUUUGUCCCCCAUUAUCUGCUGCCUGGUGACCCUUUUGCUUCAAAACUCUCCAGAGAGGCUGACAUCUUGGCAGCGUUCUACAUCUGUAUCAUAGGAAUCUUGUCUGCCAUAGGGAAUGGCUACGUCAUUUAUGUGACCAUUAAACGGAAGACCAAGCUGAAGCCUCCUGAGCUCAUGACUGUCAACCUUGCCCUAUUUGACUUUGGCAUAUCAGUUACAGGAAAGCCCUUUUUUGUUGCAUCCAGUUUCUCCCAUCGCUGGUUGUUCGGUUGGAACGGCUGUCGCUUCUACGGCUGGACAGGCUUCUUCUUCGGCUGUGGGAGCCUCAUCACGAUGACUGUUGUUAGCCUCGAUCGAUACCUCAAGAUCUGCCAUCUCCAAUAUGGGACAUGGUUGAAGCGCCGCCACACCUUCCUCUGCCUGGCCUUUGUAUGGGUGUAUGCAGCCUUCUGGGCUACUAUGCCUCUGGUUGGCUGGGGGAACUAUGCACCGGAGCCAUUUGGGACCUCCUGCACUCUGGACUGGUGGCUUGCUCAAGCCUCCGUUUCUGGUCAGAGUUUUGUCAUGACCAUGCUUUUUUCAUGUCUCAUUCUCCCAGCCAGCAUCAUUGUCUACUCCUAUGUAAUGAUCAUCUGCAAGGUCAAGUCCACUUCUGAGGAGAUCUCACACUACGACGCCCGGAUCAGAAACAACCAUGCUCUUGAGAUGAAACUCACAAAGGUGGCAAUGCUGAUCUGCGCUGGCUUCUUGAUAGCUUGGAUCCCUUAUGCAGUCGUUUCAGUGGUGUCAGCGUUUGGAGAGCCAAACUCUAUCCCAAUCCCUGUGUCUGUUAUUCCUACGUUGCUAGCCAAAUCAUCAGCAAUGUACAAUCCCAUCAUAUACCAGCUCGUGGACCUGAGGCGCAAAUGUUCAUCCUGCUGUCUCAUGGCCAUGAAGAAAAGGAGGAACUUCAGAAAAACAAGGUUCUUCGCCAUCUCUGGCUCGUUUAAGGACCCAGCACCAGACAAAGAAGCCCAGAUUGAGAUGUGAAAAACAAUAUGACGUGUCUCCCUGCUUCUACGUUGGUCUGCUUGCAUUGUUCCCAAUUUCCAACCAAUAACAAGCUGCCCGCUGUGAAGCCCAGUUGGUCCAAUCAAAGCUUCAUUUGGACCCAGUGGGGUUACAAUGACCUGGAGGACUGAAAACCUUGGCCUGCUGUGAAGUUACCAUGCUCACGUUCCGAGUCUGAUUUGGUUUUUCCUUCCACCUGAACCGUCUCGAGUUUCAGCUUCCUACAUCCUCAUCAUCAAAGCUUUUCCUCCCAGCAGCACUUCCCGUGUUCUGCAGCGAUGCAUUUUCUUUACAUGUCCUCUAACACACACAGGUGACAUGUUGCACGUACGUUCCUCCUCUAGUAAAGCAGAAUCGUUUUCUGUCAUCGUCAGAGCAACGACUCGUGUUUGAGAAGCAGUCACAUGAUGGCAUCGCCUUGGUGAACUUUCAUGGUUGAUUCUGUUUACAUCAUUUCGGAUUUGGAUGAAUCUGCUACAGACUUUGUUUUGUCCUCCGCCUCUGGAUUAUAAAACGUAUCUAUCAGGAUAAAGCACCGAAUCGCCUGAUGGAUGUCAGAGGAAACACCAUUUCAUCGCUUUAGCCGAUGAGAUCAGAGCGGAAACAGAUUGGAACGUUGAUCCGAAGACGAGUGGAGUGGAAACCUGCACUACUCACAAUGCACUGAUCACAGUUUUGUCUUUUUAUUGUACGUUUUCAGUAGCUGCAACACAGAAACAGAACAGUAUUGACAUUAAUACAAAUGUUUUCUGUAUGAAUAGUUGCUGUGGUUACAGGAACCGUGCUCGGUGAUUUGUUGUCGGUUUCUUUUGUUUUGAGCGCUCUCUUGUGGCCGUCCUGGCUCCUGAUCCUGGUUGGUUCACACAGAACAAACUACGUUUGAGAUGACUAAGAAAACUCCUCCCCCUGAGGGUCUUUCUGUCCGGGACCACAUGCGGGUGGUUUUGGUCUCAUUCCUGAAGGCUGUCAGGACUAGAAUCAUGACUUCCUCCAGUUUAUUCAGGUUUUCACUGACAAAGAUGGACUCAUUCAGUCUUCUCUCAGGCUGUUGGUUUUCUUCUGCCGUCCUCAGACGAGUGUCCCAAAUCCUUCAGGUGGAGCUCUUGAGCUGAUGGUUCUGGACUGGUUGACUGGUUUCUCCCCCACACAAAGCUCCGAGCCUGCCAUGCUGCUCUGAACUGCCUACAUGAAACUACCACCCAGCUUCUGUUUGGGUGGUUGGUCCUUCAGAUGAACCCGUUACGUGGAGAACCCAUGGCACGUCAGGGGUACGGGCUGGGUGUGUCGUUCAGGGUUGGAUCCAUCAGGAAACCUGCAGGAAGACGAUUCCCAGACGAGCAAACCAGUGCCAUGGGAGCAUACUUUCCCAUGGCGGUGCUGUGAUCAGCCACACACAUGGACGUAAUUUUGGGAGGAGACAGGGGGGACAUGUCCCCCCCCACUUUUUCCAAAGUCAAGUUUUGACCCCUGCACUUUUUACCAUCCAAAAACAAUAUUACGCUAUAUUAAAAUGACACUGGUUGAGCUCUAGGACCAAGCGGAAAACAACCGUUUGUGUUGAAGCCUGUUUCCCAUUAGAGCAUACUGUAAAGAUAACCCCCCCCCCCCCGUGUCCCCCCCACUUCUAAAGUGAAAAUUACGUCCAUGGCCACACACACGUUUAACAUGUUUAUAUAGGUAUAUGUAGUAGCUUUGUAUAGCAGCUUAUUGCCACCAGAAUCCACACCCUGCAGCACCCCACCUCUUCACACACGAGAAGGAAGUGACAGAUGCUGCGCAGGCUCUUCACACAUCUGGCAUCUAAAUGUUUCUCAGCACCACACUCUUCAAGAACAUCUCCUUAAAUGUAACUUGGAAAACAAAAAGCUGAAUGGAACAUUCACUCUGACACGUGUACAGUAUGUAAACGUGAACACAAGCCAUCAUCUUCGCCACACAGGGUGAACAAAGAGCAAUAAACAAAGUCUGUCGUACUUUUAUGAUGACACACAAGUGUUCCUGUGCUCCGGGUUGGCGCUGAUGAAGCGCUGCGUCAUGUCCACUCUCCAGCUGUCCCACAUUAUCUCCAUGCAGGUGCAUUCGAGGUGUGCAAGCCUCGCCGUUCUGUUAAAUUCCCGUCUGUUUCUACGUAAAUGCCCGGUCGUAAGGUGAACCCUGGUGUCGUGUGAUUCCGUUCCGACCUCUUGAUAUACGUACCGUGUGCUUCAUAAAAUAGUUCCUUCACAUUCAACUGAAAUGCGAAAUAUCUUCCUUUUACGGUCGUGCUUUAAAGCGGGAGUAGUUGGUUAUGGGCAUGAUGAGAAAUUAGUGAAUUGUUGGUCAUGUGAUCAGUUUGGACCAAUGUGGCAGCCAUAUUUAGUAACAAAUAUUCAACAUGGCUGUCUACUCAGGACUCGAAAGCAGUGACUCUGAGUUAAAUCUCCCAGAAACAUCCGAGUAGACACAAAACGGAUUCCAGACAACGGACCGGCUAUUCGAGCCCCACAACAAGUCAAGAAGCAAAUAGACAAUCAGGUGAACUACGGAUGAGUACCUUUAUGUGUACAACAUAGCUAAGUGUGUGUGUGUGACGUAGAAAAUACAACCAAAUAUGAAUAAUUCCAUGUGUAAUUGUGUUCAAUUCAGCUCAGAACCAAAUCUAAAUUCAACAUGCACGUUUGGGG